AUGCCCGAAGAAUGCUCCAAUCCCCUCCUGGCUCAAUGGCUCAAAGAGUGGAUGGACCAAGCAAAAGAGCGAAAUAGCAAGGGCUAUACGGUUUAUAGAAAAGCCUAUCAAUCGAUGAUCGCAUGCCCUCUUGUUUUCAAUCAUCCCUCGGAAGCCCAGCAACUCAACGGCCUAGGCCCCAAGCUUUGCGAUCGGCUUACCGACAAACUAAAGGUCUAUUGCGACGAGAAUGGUCUUCCUAUGCCAACUAAAGGCAAGAAACGGAAGCAGGCUUCAGGAAGCGGCAAUGACGCCCAGGACGAACCUGAACCAGAGUCACCACCACGAAAAAGAAAACCUCCACAAUAUGUGCCCAAAAUGAGGUCUGGUGCCUAUGCCCUGAUCAAAGCUUUGGGGUCACUCGAUCAAGAAUCAAACGAAGCCCUACCAAAGGAUCGGCUCAUUGAUCUCGCACAGCCAUUUUGUGAUUCCAAUUUCAAAGUGCCUUCAGAUCCAACCAAAUUCUUUACGGCUUGGAAUUCUAUGAAGACACUGGAAACCAAGGAGCUGGUGUGUACCAAAGGACAUCCUGUCAAAAGGUACUACCUAUCUGAUGAAGGUUGGGAAGUUGCUCUUCGCAUCAAAGCUGUCGAAGAAGGCCGUCCUCGAUCUCCGCAGCCUUCCAAAAAGCAGGCCAACAAAAGGGGUGCAUCGGCAUUGCCUGAACCGAGUGUUGCGAGUCCACCAAAACGAAAAGCAGCGGCGACCUCUUUUCUCGAUGAAACUAGACCAAGUCCUAGAAGCCCCCCUGAGCCAACGAGUGUCAUUGAUUUGGUCUCGGAUUCUGAUUCAGAUUGUUCUGCGCCUUUACUGCCAAACAGUAAACUGCGGCUUUCUGACGAGCCCGCUCAGCGUCCAGGACAUUCUUCCAGAGUGGAACACAACAUCCUGCUCCCUGCAGGAAGCUUCGAGAUCAAAAUGGUCUUGGACACGCGGGAGAUUCGCACCACCACAGAUCGAAAUUACAUCUCUGACUCUCUGAGGAAGCUUGGAGUUGUGCCUGAGAUGCGAUCAUUGCCCCUGGGCGACGUACUCUGGGUCGCAGUACCGAAUUCUCGACUCGUGGAGACCAUCAAAGGUGCUGGUUUGGGAGGUAACGAGGAAGGCGACUUUGAAAUCAUGUUAGAGCAUAUCAUGGAACGCAAACGACUAGAUGAUUUAAUCAGCAGCAUCAAGGACGGUCGAUUCCACGAACAAAAGUUCCGGUUGCGAAAAUCCGGGAUCAAACAUGUCACAUAUCUCAUCGAGGAGUACGCAAUAAGUUCUGAAAAGGGCGAGAAGUACGGGGAUGCACUUGAAAGUGCAAUUGCGACUAUGCAAGUUGUUAAUGGCUACUUUGUCAAACAGACCGCGAAACUCGAUGACACGAUCCAGUACUUGGCACGGAUGACGAGGACUUUGAAGUCGAUCUACGAGCGACAGGAUAUCCACGUUUUACCAGCCACGCGAUUUGAGAAAGAGCCCAUGGCAACGGUAAUGGAGCAUGCUCGGAAGGGUUCGCCGGGCACACUCUAUGGCAUGACGUUCUCCGUCUUUGCUGCCUUGUGCGACAAGUCAGAAAGCAUGACAUUACGGGACGUGUUUCUGAGGAUGUUGAUGUGUACCCGGGGUGUAACCGGAGAGAAGGCUGUUGAGAUCCAGAAGAUCUGGCCAACGCCUCGAGCAUUUCUUGAUGCUUAUAGUGCCACAGCUGAUGGGUCUCGGCGAGAUAGCAUGAUCAGUGACCGACUAGGACAUGCCAUACCUCGAAAGAAGGUCGCCAAAACUCUAAGCGCAAAAAUUGCGGAGGUUUGGUCGUGA